GGACCUGUGAAUGUGUGAUGAAUUCCUCUGUGGGGGCCGGCUGCCGUCCAGGGUCCUGAAACAGGAGCCCACCCAUCAGGACGAGUAGGAGGGUGAUGAUGAGGAGGAUUGUGAUUAGGAUGAUGAUAAGGAUGAUGAGGAUGAUUACUCUUAUGUGCGAUUCCAUCUCCCAUGGUCCCCUGAGAAAGAGCAUCAAGGCGGACUCGUUUACCGGUUGAAUCCACCGACGCCCGGCCGUAGCCCCCCACCAACACCACAUGACAGCAAAUAACCAUAAUGAAACCAGCCAUCCACCGGGCUGCAGUCAGACCAGGGAGGAGGAGACCAAACCAGCCAUCCACCAGGUUGCAGUAGGCUAAGACCAGGAGAGGAGCAAAGAAAAACAGUCAUCCACCGGGCUGCAGUCAGACUAGAAAGGAGGAGAGGAGCAGAGAAAACCAGUCAUCCACCACCGGGCUGCAGUCAGACCACCACAGGGAGAGGAGCAGAGAAACAACUUGUUUCCCAGCGUGCGUCUCCCGUGAUGCCGAGAGCAGACGCAAAGUGUAUUCUUAAGAUCGAUCCGUCACUUUAUGGGCUGGAUCUGGCUGCUCGAUAGUCCAAGUGCAGAAAUAACGCACGUUCUCUCCGAUUAAAUAUUGAUAUAGUGUGUAUCAGCGAUCCGGAGCGGGAAUGCGAAGGAGGAGACGCACCACCACCACCACCACCACCAGAUGAUCACCCUUCUCACCGGCAGCAGCAGCCCACCACUUCGGGUCCCCGGCACAUGAUGUCCCGCCGGUCUGAGGGGGCUUCCAGGGGCUACGAGGAGGACGAGGGAGGAUGAGGGAGUGUGGAGCAGGAUCGAGUGUGGCAGCAGAGGUGGAAUAUAAUGAAGUGGAGUGGGAAAGGUCUGUGCACCAUCUUCUCCAGCACCCUCCUCUUCGUGUGUGCCGUGAGCGAAGUGGUGGUCGGAUUACGAUGCAUCUCCCUGGGCACGGGCGUGCGAGCGCACUUUCACCUAGGCGCCGCGGCCGGGGCGUUUUACUCCGGGGUGCUGGUGGGCUUCGGCCAGGCGCUGCUGGGCGCCGCGCUGCUCUGCUGCACGGAGAAACCCGGCUGCAGGAACUUCUUCCUGCUCGGGGUGGUGGUGUUCCUGCUGGGGGUGCUGACCGCCUUCAGCGGCGCGGUGGUGGACGGGGACACCGUGUCUCUGGUGGAGAGGAAACACUCCCACUACUGCCUGCACGCCGCGGUGGUGAACCCGGCGUGCGAGCUGCUCAAGGAUUACCAACGGUGUCUGGUGGUCUCCACGGUUCUUAGCACCCUGGAGUGCCUGCUGGGGCUCAUCCACCUGCUGCUGAUCAAGAGCUACAAGACAGCGCAGUUCUACCGGAACAGGCAGGCUCAGCGGCGGGGCACCGGGGCGAUCCUGUACCGCGAGGAGCGGGACUUUUCCUCGGCGGACUUCCAGCCGGUGUCUUACAUCAACUUGGGGGUUUUCAACGUGCUGGACGAGACAGGGGCCGAGGUGCAGUGCCGGGGCCACCCGUCCCUGGAGCUACCGGGCUACUCGUGUACGGACCCGGACCUCAACCUCUCGUACCCCUUCUCGGUUCCGCUGCCCUGCGAGCAGCCGCCCGCGUACGAGGACAUAUUCCCGGUGGAGGCAUGCACCAUAUAGGGGGGCUGUGUGGACCCCCGGACCCCCAGCAGCUUUAUUAUUCAGCUGUGUGACAAUCACUGACUGUGCUUGGAGAGAAUACAGAGAAGUAAGUUCAAAGCGAGGACAAUAUGAGGCUAAUUGAUUCAUCACUUUACUCCUUCUCACCAUAUAGGCAUAUUUUCUUACAUAAUCAGCCUCCCAUCCGACUAAUGCUUGUCCAGACGUUCACAGUAACUUUGCCAAUCGCAGGUUUUAAAAUCUCUCUAUAUAAAAAACAACAACAUGGUCUCGGUUGGAGCUUGCUAUUCGAGGCGGAAUACGUGUUUUGAAUGUCUACAUUUUUACAUGUGAAUAAAAGAAUUGUAUUUAACCCUAUAGAUGUCAUAAAACCGACCAGUUGUUCCUCAACCGCAUCCGUUUACUGUCAAUGGUAAGGACCCUCUCUCUCUCUGACGUGCUGAUAUUAUAGAUAGCUUUAUGGAGACUCUUUUAAUGUCUUCGUUUGUUGUGGAAUGAUCUCUCCCCUCUCCCUUGUAGAUGUUUCAUAUAUCUGGAAGAACACCACCUGUUUCACUGAAAGAGCUAACUUAAAAAGACAAAUUAUUUAUUGAAAAAGUGGAUGUGAUGCUUUGCAAGGUGAACACCUUGAUCCCAAAUAUAAAUUUUAUAAACAUUUAUUCAAAUGAGUAUUCAUGUAAAUUACGAUACAUCUAAGAGACAAUGUGAAUCUUAUUCAUGCAGUAACGGAGGUGUCUAUGCCUCCACCUUAGUGGGCACUAGGCCGACCCUGAGAACCAAACCUUCAGUCUACGGCUGUAGGCCUACUCUCUACUCAGAUACCACCGUUGAACGUGUUAGAUCAGUGUGGACUUGGGUUCCUCCUUGCGUUUAUCUCUCUUGAUUCAGUUCGACGUACCAGGCUUCCUCUCUAACGAAGCUCUCUCUUUGGUAGGCUCUUCUUUCCACUUGCUUACGUUAACAUUUAGGGCAUUUAGCAGACACAUUUAUACAAAGCAACUUACAACGGUUAAUACACACAUUCACGCCCUGACGGCGGAGUCAACCACGCAAGGCGACAGCCGGCGCGUCAGGAGCAGUCAGGGUGAGGUGUCUUUGAUGGACCCCUCGACACUCAGCUAGGAGGAGCCGGGGAUCGAACUAGCAACCUCCCGCUUACCAGUCGACCUGCUCUGCCUCCCGAGCUUAGCCGACCCACUUGUUCUUUUUUUUUUUUUUUUAACUCAUCUCAUCGAGGUUAAACCUCCAGAGCAGGGUUUAGAGCCGUGAUGAGAGCAGAGAACACGCUGUAGAGACGCUGGGUGGAGCUCCUGGAGGCGGAGUCACACGAGGUGCUCUGUCCCCCCCGCGGCCCGGUUCAUCAGGUCUUUAAAGCGUGUCUGAGCACCGCCGGUCAUUAACAUGCCUGGAGGGGGAGGGGGGAGGGGGGGAGGUGUGGAGGCAGCACCGCCGCGUCUCCCAGGGGAAGGCGGUGGACUCAGACACAGCCUUCAGCGACUCGAAGCCAGGGUCUUUAUUGCAGGAGGGAAGCGGCUGGCCGGUCUGCCAACUGGCACGCAGCAGAGUGGCUUCCUGCUGCAUUCUGGGUGAUUUAUGUUGAAACACUCACGAGUGUGCAGUGGACUGACCACACACACUCACAGGUGUACACGCACACGGGGGUAUACACACGAACACAGGCACACACACACACACACACACACACACACACACACACACACACACACACACACACACACACACACACACAUGUAGACAAACUCACACACACACACACACACAAGCACAAGCACAUGCACGCACACCGACACGUCCACACAAACACACACACACACUCACACACAAGUGUAUACAGAGACACACGCAUACACACAGAAGCCCAUGCACGCACGGAGACACACACACACAAGAACGAGCACAUGCACGCACGCAGACACACCCACACACACCAACACAGCCCACCAGACUAUCACACACCCACACACCCACACACCCACCGCCCACACACACACACACACACACACACACACACACACACACACACACACACACACACACACACACACACACACACACACACACACACACACACACACACACACACACACACACACACA